UCUGUUUUCAUAAAUAGCAGAGCAGGACAGCCAUUACUGAAGAGAAAGAGAGACACACUUAAUUAUAUUUUGUUUUCUCUCUCUCUCUCUCUCUCUCUCUCCCUCUCAUCAGGCUUGGCUUGUUUUUGUGUUUUUCUUGGUGAUUUUUGAGUAAAGUCCAAAUUUAGUUCUUCAAGCUUUCAUUUGUGAUCAUAAAGCCAGAGAGUGUGCUUGGAUCCAAAUUCACUGACACAAGUACAUCCAGCUCUCCAGCAUUAGCUUGAAGUAACUCAGAAGCAAAAAUCACUGCAAACACACCAAUACAACCAAAAGCUAAACGGAGCAAAAAAGAAGCUUGUUCUUUUCGCAAAGCCAGAGAAACACCUUUACUAUAUAUAACCAAUAAGCACUUCUAGUCCCAAACCCAAAAAAAACACUUCUAGUCCCAUCAGUUUUCUCGUUGCUUUCUCUUUACAAUGGACACAUUGCAAGUAGGGCAAUUUGGGUUGGUUUUGCAGCAAGCCAAAGCCCCACUGAUUGUGCCAUUGCUGAAGUUUUUGGUGGUUGUGUGCUUGGGCAUGUCUGUGAUGCUUUUUGUGGAGAAGGUGUACAUGGGCAUAAUAAUAAUAUUUAUUAAGCUGUUUAGAAGAAGGCCUGUGAAGCAUUGGAAAUGGGAGGCCAUUAAGGAUGAUGUUGAGCUUGGGAACUCAGCUUACCCUAUGGUUCUUGUGCAAAUUCCUAUGUACAAUGAAAGAGAGGUUUAUCAGCUUUCUAUUGGAGCUGCAUGUGGGCUUUCCUGGCCUUCUGAUAGGAUCAUAAUUCAAGUUCUUGAUGAUUCAACAGAUCCAACCAUUAAGGAUUUGGUGGAGCUAGAAUGCCAAAGAUGGGCAAGCAAAGGAAUAAACAUAAAGUACGAGAUCAGAGACAACAGAAAUGGGUACAAAGCAGGGGCCCUCAAGGAAGGCAUGAAGCACAGUUAUGUCAAACAGUGUGACUAUGUUGCCAUCUUUGAUGCUGACUUCCAACCUGAACCUGAUUUUCUCUACCGCACCAUUCCAUUUCUGGUCCACAACUCUGAUAUUGCCCUUGUUCAAGCUCGCUGGAAAUUUGUAAAUUCGGAUGAGUGUUUGAUGACAAGAAUGCAAGAGAUGUCACUGGAUUACCAUUUCACGGUGGAGCAAGAAGUGGGGUCUGCAACUUAUGCCUUCUUUGGUUUCAAUGGCACGGCGGGUGUGUGGAGAAUUGCAGCGCUCAAUGAGGCUGGAGGAUGGAAGGACCGCACAACAGUGGAGGAUAUGGAUUUAGCAGUCCGAGCUAGUCUCAGAGGCUGGAAAUUUGUAUAUCUUUCGGACCUUAAGGUGAAAAAUGAAUUGCCAAGUACGUUCAAAGCCUACCGUUAUCAGCAGCAUCGAUGGUCUUGUGGCCCUGCUAAUCUCUUUAGAAAGAUGGUAAUGGAGAUUGUGAGAAACAAGAAGGUGUCCCCAUUGAAGAAGUUUCAUGUGAUCUACAGCUUUUUCUUUGUUCGCAAAGUUGUAGCACAUAUCGUCACAUUUGUCUUCUACUGUGUCAUUUUACCAGCAACGGUUUUGGUUCCUGAAGUUCAAGUUCCCAUCUGGGGUGCUGUUUACAUUCCUUCUACCAUUACUCUCCUCAAUGCUGUUGGAACUCCUAGAUCACUCCACCUAUUGAUUUUCUGGAUCCUCUUUGAGAAUGUCAUGUCUCUGCACCGGACUAAGGCGACAUUUAUAGGUCUUUUUGAAGCAGGGAGAGUAAAUGAAUGGGUCGUCACUGAGAAACUGGGAGAUGCUCUCAAGAAAAAAUUAGGUGCAAAAGCUCCCAGGAAACCUCGAUUAAGAAUUGGAGAAAGACUACAUGUGCUUGAGCUCAUUGUUGGAUUCUACCUCUUCUUCUGCGGCUGCUAUGACCUUGCCUUUGGAAAGAACGGAUACUUUAUCUACCUAUUCAUCCAAUCUGUUGCAUUCUUCAUUGCGGGGGUUGGUUAUGUUGGCACCUUUGUCCCCAACUCAUAGCCGUACACAUUGUUUCAAAAAUUCAUUCAUCAACAUCCCUUCUGUCAAGGAAAGAUGAAAUUAUUAUUUAUUUUCGUCUGGAAGUUA